AUGUCCGCAGCAACAUCUUCAUUCGCCGGCCCCUCGGCCUCCGGCUCGGAUAUUCACUCCAAUCUCAGCUCGAAUUUUGCCGUGGCCUCCUCCUCGUCCUUGAGCUCCUUGACGGACUACAAUACCUACCCACUCGCGCGAUAUGGCGACCGCACCUACCUUCGCGACCCGGAAAACACAUAUCCUCUACCAUGCGACCUGCUCGAGAUCCACCGCCAGAGCCUACGCACCAUGAUGCUGCUGCGCGUCUUUGGCGGCCCGUUUUGCAACCCCCACUCGGCCAACCAACUGCCCAAGCGCGUCCUGGAGAUCGCCUGCGGGUCAGGUUUGUGGUCCGGCCUGUGCCACGAGCAUUUUGUCCGCCGUGGUCAUCCAAACGUUUCUUUCGUCGGCAUCGAUGUGGUAUCCCUCGCGCCGGAAUUGCGCAAGCAAGGAAUGAACUGGCAAUUCAAACGACAUGACCUACGAAAGCCUCGUCUACCUUUCCCCGAUGAUUAUUUCGACCUUGUUUUUAUUAAAGAUGCGGGCCUAUGCCCCUCCAGCCCUGCGCAACAGGCCUCGGGCUUAAGUGAACCCCUCCGGGUCUUGAAAUCCGGAGGAAUUCUCGAGGUGUGGGACUCGGACUGGGUGUUCCGAUCACUCCUCCCUAACCCAGCACCGGCUCGAAUGACCUCCACGAAAGACCAAGAGAUCGCCGAAUCGACCGCCACAUACACAUUCUCCUCCGCCACACCCUUCACCAUGGCUCAGAACAAGUUCCUCGUCGACUACAACUCCUGGGUCGAAAAGUCAUUUGACCGGCGCAAACUCACAUCUUUACCAUGCGCCACCAUUGGCCUGUCCUUUAAUUCCGAGGUGGAUAUCCUCGAGAACGUGGACAGUCGCCGCAUUGCAAUUCCACUCGGUGACAUGCGAUGGGAGCGAGAAGGAACCGGCAAAGACUCCAAGGGUCGUGCACGCAAGGCACUGACCCCAGAACAGGCUUCUCUCCGAAGGACGGCCUUGAUAACGGUCAUCCAGAUGAUCGAGGGGCUAGAACCCUUGCUUAUGGAGGCCAGUGGGAAGGGUCGCGACGAGUGGGAUCGCUGGUGGGCGGCAAUGACCGCCGACCUUUUCCAAAAGGGCAGUCUCGCCAGUGGCGAGUGUCUCGAAGUAAGUGCCUGGUGGGGUCGAAAGAAAUGA